AUGGUUCAAUGGGGAAGGUUGUUUAAUGACGAGCCCAGCCGGGCGCGUCACCACUAUCUGCAGGAAACCCGACGCCUGCUUCCGCAUACUCGCGAUCAGGCUAUUACGCCCGCUCUGCCGGCCAAGGAGGUUACCAAGGUAGCUCUCCGGCUAAAGUACCAGGUCGAGCAAGUCGUCUGCUGCGAGCUCGAGGAAUCCUUGAUCACAAAGGCCAACAGCACGGUUAUCACAAAGGAGGUCAUUCAGACCGCCAGAGAGGCGGGCGGGGAGGAGUACCGUGCCUGUGUGGUCUACUGUCUGCUCGUUUGUGUACGAUGGUUCAAGAUUCAGGCUCUAAUCGAGCUUUGGGAUUCCGACCUCCAUCAGCUACGUGCGGUUGCAUGCGAGAUCCUUGCGAAGCGCAUAAUCGAAUCUGAGGAAGACCAGGACUAUCUCAUGCUGGAGGUACUCUUGAAGCGCUACUCCAUUUUGCGAGAUGGAGAAGCCACUUCCCCUGCAAACGUCAUCGAACGUGCUGUCGAUCUACACGCCUUGUCCGUGAUUGGAUCUGCGGGAUACCAGAAGUGCAUCAAAUACCUCUGGCAAGGUUGGCUGUGUCAGGACGACCAAGAUCCUACCAACUUUAUCGAGUAUAGGGAGAGGAACAAUACUUCGUACUGGUCCCAUUUCAAUCCCGACAGACUCAGAGCACCGGUCUACCAGAAUGCCGUCCAGGUGUUCUUUUCUCUCCUCUAUCUCGUCCUCUUCACCAUCGUGAUCAACACCGUUAACCCAACGGGUGACCUUGAUGUGGUCGAAUGUAUCCUGUAUGGCAUGACCCUGGGUUUCAUCCUCGACGAAAUCACCAAGUUCUGGAAAGUCGGUCGGUUCUACUUUGGAUUCUGGAAUGCCUUCAACUCAACCCUUUAUGCCCUCCUGCUGGCCUCGUUCAUCCUCCGAAUUGUGGCCCUUACCCAUUCAAGGGACAUUGACAACGACCAACGUAACUACUUUAACCAGCUUAGCUACAACUUCCUCGCCUUUUCAGCACCGAUGUUCUGGGGCAGACUCCUCUUGUAUCUUGACACAUAUCGUUUCUUCGGUGCAAUGCUCGUGGUCCUGAAGGUCAUGAUGAAGGAGAGUUUGAUCUUCUUCGCCCUCUUGGCUGUUGUCAUCAUUGGUUUCUUGCAGGGCUUCGUCGGUAUGGACCAGGCCGACCCUGAUAAUACCAUGACUUCCAUGAUGCUCCUCCAGGGAAUGGCCAACACCGUCUUGCAGAACCCAUCAUUCGACGAGUUCCAGAAUUUCGCACCGCCAUUCGGUAUCCUGCUUUAUUAUCUAUUCACUUUCGUAGUCAUGGUUGUGUUGCUCAACAUCCUCAUUGCUCUUUACAACAGCGCAUAUGAAGAUAUCACCGGUAACGCAAUCAAUGAGUAUAUGGGCCUCUUCGCACAUCGUACCCUUCAAUAUGUCCGAGCCCCAGACGAGAACGUCUUCAUUGCGCCCUUAAACCUGGUCGAAAUAUUCUUUCUCAUCAUUCCUUUCGAAUGGUGGAUGGAUUCUGCCCGCUACGAUCGACUCAACAACUACGUGAUGGGUAUCAUAUACUCUCCUCUCCUUCUAGUCACCGCCUUGCUUGAAUCGACCAGCGCCCAACGCAUCAGACUCAACCGUCGCCUAGGCGAACAAGACGAUGACACCCAGGAAGAGUGGGAAGACGCUGCUGAAUCCGCAGAGUUUGAUUUCAAGAAAGUUGGAGAUAAUCCUGACACCAAGGACUGGGAUCAGGCCGUCACUAAGUCUAGACCAAACGUCGAGGUCGAUCAGUGCGUCUUGGAGGUGAGAGAGUUGAAGCAGCAAGUUGCGCAGCUGACUGCCCUGGUUACUACUUUAAUGGAGAGGCAAGGUAUUUCUGCCGAGCCAUCCAACGGAGAAGGUCAAGCCAACGGAGAGGUGAACGGAAAUACUCAGUAA